AUGGCUCCAGAAGUAGCAACUCUUCUUCCUAGCGAGCCCCCCAAACUUGCCAGAGACAUAUCCGAAGGUAGUCUCGACGAUGUCCGGCCAUGGAGCGAGCCACGCUUCAUCGUCCAAUCUCCGUACACCGAGCUUGCGCACCAACUGGAUCUGACAACGCUCGACUAUGAGAAUGCGCUACUGGCCAAGGCAUUGAGCACCGUCGAUGCAACCCGCGAUGAUUAUGCCAUUGCGCCGUACGUCGAGUCGUUUAACUGGACAGAUGUCAUGGCCCGUCUCAAAACGCUCGUGAGCAUAUACGGCCAGCGGUACCAGGACGCCACCUUUUACAUUGUCGCAUUCCGCUCGCAAAUCAAGCCGAGUACCGAUUACAGCCACCUGGGUGAGCUCGACAAGGCCGCACAUCUCGAAGCCAUCGAAAGUGGCGGAUUUCUCAAGUACUGGUUUGGCUCUCCGGACUCGGAGCUUCGUAACUUGGCCACAUGCCUCUGGCGUUCCAAGGAAGAUGCAGUCGCUGGCGGGCGUGGUCCCGCUCACAGAAAAGCUGCCAUGUCUACCCGAUCGCUAUAUGCGUAUUGGAAAAUUGACCAGCACCGUCUGACCAUCCGCAACAAUGCUGAGGAGUGGGAGAUUGUUCCUUGGACCGAUGACGCUUGA